UUCAGGAAAUUCAAACAAUUUGCUAGUUACAAUUUUACUUUUUCGAUGGGUUUCUAUAAGUUAUUAAAAAAGUAAAACUUUAAGCAAGUUUGCUUUUCCCAUUUGUGAAAAUAAAUCGAACUGGUUGAUAUUUAAAAAUACUUCAAAGUACUCGUACAAUUAAUGAGAUGGUUAAAAAAUUCGCCUGCCAUUAAGGUGCUUACGGACCUGGAUGUUAAGUUAACAGACCGCUUUGUGUCCUAUUUACUGCAAUUUGCAACUUUUAAGUCUCUUAAGAUACACUGCAAAUUUCUUGAAAUAUCUUGUGAUGGAAUAGCCUGGCUUUGCACAUGGGUCGCCUUCAUAUGGCUAAUAAAUUCUAAGAACCUAUACCAAAUGCAAGUUAAUAUGUUGCUUGGAUUACUAUUAGAUAUAGUUGUUGUGGCUGUACUAAAAGCACUCGUACGUAGACGACGACCCGCAGUUGUCAAGGAUGCACUAGUCAUUGGUCCGGACAAGUUCAGCUUUCCGUCGGGACACGCAUCCAGAGCUUUCUAUAUUCUAAUCUUCUUUACCAAAUUGCAUACGUUGCCAGUCGUAUUUUGGAUGCCGAUGACUGCGUGGGCCGUUAGCGUUGUGAUCUCUAGACUAAUAUUAAAAAGACAUUUUAUUCUGGACGUUAGUGCUGGUGCAUUGAUUGGAAUAUGUGAAGCACUGUUUAUUGGACUAAUUUGGAUAAGUGAAGAAACAUCCGCUUCUCUUCUUGGGCUUAUAACUGAAGACGAAUCUGUUUAGCAAGUAAAAUGAAAAAUGUCUUAUAACUUUGUAUUUCAUUGAUUGACUAAUAAUAUUACGAACUUACGCCAAAUAUGAUUAAUUUAUUCAUUGUCAAAGUGAUUCAUCAAGUGAAGUUGUUAUAUUUGUUAUCAAACUUUGUUGCUCACAUGGGUGGUAUAUCUUAGAGUAGGUUAAAGGUCAAUUGAGAUAAUUUUCUUACUUUUAGACUGUAUCGCAUGCAUAAUUUAACAUAUUUAGAGUUUUUUAAUAAAACGAUAAAAGCAAUUUGCACAUUAAA